AUGACGCGCCUCGAGAUAUUCACCGGACGCGCGCGCCGGAGCCCGCUCGCGCAUCGUCUCGAAGCGCCCCCUCGCCUCGACCUCCUCGCUCCUCGUUCGUCUCCUCCUCGAUACACGGAUGAGAUCCGAGUGGUUCAAUUCGCCCCCGCCAUCGCCACACAGAGGGAGGCGCGGGUUCGGCGGUUGGGACGAAGAGCGUUCGCCAUGUACAGCCGUCGCAAGCUGAAGCACUGGCGCAGGCGCAAGAACGAGCUCGAGAAGAUGGGCAUGCGCUACAACGAGGGGCGGUACAAGCUCUCCUGCGUCGUCCGGCAGGAUCCCGCCGAUCACGUCUACUGCUGCGCCCUCAACACCGUCCACCUCGCGCACGCCGACAAGCUCGCCACCACGGCGGGCCCCAGGGCGUACGUGUACCGGCUCACCCCCGACGGCGGCGUGAAGCUCAUGCAGUGCUACGUCGACGAGGACGACGAGGAGGACUACUUCGCGUGCUGCUGGUGCGCGAGCGCCGUGCCGGAAAGAUCGGGCCGCCCCAUGCUCGCCGUCGCCGGCGGGUACAAGGGCGUCGUCCGCGUCAUCGACUGCGUCUCCCGCGUCGUCAAGGUCAACCUCCGCGGCCACGGCGGCGGCGUCAACGACGUCAAGGCCCACCCGCUCCGCCCGCACCUCCUGCUCACCGCCAGCAAGGACGAGAGCUGCAGGCUGUGGAAUCUCGACUCGGGCGCGUGCGUCGCCGUCUUCGCGGGCGAGUUUGGGCACAGGAACGAGGUCCUCUCCGUGGACUUCAAGCCCGGGGUGGACCCUUACGACGACGCACCGGGCGGUGACUCGUCGGGUGGGGGAUCGUCCGGGGGACGGAACGGUGUCGGACAGAAUGGUGUCGGACAUGUUCCGGACGACUCAGCCGGCGACGUCGUGUUCGUGUCGGGCGCGAUGGAUAACCAGAUCAAGGUGUGGAGCACGCGGGGGUACCCCGGGCUGGUGCGAAGGAGCGACGGGUGGAGAAAGGGUUCCACGGCGAGUGGUGACUCACCGCCCGGUGAGUCACCGCCCGGUGGGGGCGAGAAAACCGCGAACAUUGCGUUUCCCACGGCGCACGUGCAGACGCCGACGUUCAGCUCGCACAAGGUGCACGGCAACUACGUGGACUGCGUGCGGUGGUUCGGCGACCUCGUGCUGAGCAAGAGCGUGGAGAACGUCGUCACGCUGUUCCAGCCGCGACUCGGCGGGGUCGGGGAUCUGGUCACCGGGUCGGGGUUCCGAAAGGUCCAGGACUUUCCCUUGCGCAAGUGCGACAUCUGGUUCAUGCGGUUCGCGCUGGCGCCCGACGCGACGCACAUGUGCUGCGGCAACACCGCCGGAGAGGUGUUCGUGUGGAGGAUGGGCGGCGGGGGGGGCGGGCACACCGCACACACCACCGCGAGCGCCACGUUGGCGCACAAGCGCUGCGUCAAGGCGGUGCGACAGACGGCGAUGACCGCGGAUGGGCGAAUCGUCAUCGCGGCGUGCGACGAGGGCACGGUGUGGCGGUGGGACCUCGUCGACGCGGGAGCCGGCGGGGGAAGCGUCGGAGGGGAGAAGAGGGCGAGGACGGAGAAGGACGACGCGACGGACGAAAAAGGGAGGGGGGACGAGGGAGUCGACGGCGGGGACGUCGUCACGGGGGCGAGUGGGGACACCAUCGAGAUACUCGACUGAAAGAAAAAACGCUAAUAAACCGCUAAA